ACAGGAAGUUGAAUUAUCAGCUGAUCCUGCUGGCUGUUGUUAAUGUUGUACAGACAUCGUGUUGCUCUUACCAGCUUCAGACAUUGAAGACAUUAACCUGACAAAGGGACACGGUGGGCAUUUACCGGCUAAUGAGCUUAUGAGCAACAAGGGAAGCGUCUAAAAACGACGACUGAAUUUGCGCACUAGCGGCAGAAGAGCUAGCUCCAAAGCUUGAACCUUGGGUGGGAGGAAGAAAGAAAAGCAGCAAAGACAACCGACGGCUUGGGGUGCUUUCUUUGUUUAUGGAGUGAAAGUCUGAACCACAAUAUUAAUUUUCUUUCUCUUGAUUUUUUUAAUUUCAAAUACUUUAUUUAUAUUUAUACUUUAUUAGCAUUAUGCAUAGGACAGGUAGAUCUUCAGCUAACGUUAGCUCAUAGCGCAAAGAAACAGUCUUGUUUUCAAGCUUCGAGUCUUUCGUAACCGCCCGACAGUGACAAAUAACGAUAGCUAACAGUCAGGUUUGGACAAAUUGUUUUCGUGCCUCUGUGUUUUUUGGCUGUUUACCAGAGAACCAGGGGCUCUGUUGGUCUUCUGGAGACGCAGGACACAGCACUGCCAACCCAUUGAUGUUCAGUCGUUAAUUGAAGUCUGUUGGAGACGUUUGUGCGUUUUGCGCAUUUUUCUCCUUUCUACUAGUUUAUUCCUUACUCUGAAGUGAGUGGAAUUAGGUUUGUUUUUUUUAUCCAUAUUUUUAAACCACACAGGCAAAUGAUAGGUUAGCUGACAGCUGGCCUUCUACGUUUUAGAUUUGCUGGCAGGUUGCGUAAUUUGUUUGUGUGCACACUGUCAGUAUUUUCUGGGUAACUUGUUAUACUUAUUUAAAAACAUAUGCAUCUUAGUAAGCAUUAGGUGUUCGGCUUUAGGUGGCGUUGUGGAGAUCAUUCUACAUAUUUAACACAUUGGAUCAUUAUUCUUUAGUACCUUUUUAAUGUCAGGAACAUAUGGCAUGAUAUACAUUGGGUUCUUUUUACUAUAACCCUUAGAAUGAGUAGCUAUUCGAUGCUAACACUCAUGAAUUUCUUAGCUUUAAAAAAAUAGGUAGAGCUAUGAAAAUUAGCAGCAUCUGAAGCUAUUCUGAGACAGUACUGUGAUCAGGGAGAGACGGGUGGAGAUAAAGGGUCCCUCUGAGGGUCCCAUUGUGUCUUGAGGUGAGCUGCCCUCCACUACUUGCCAAUGCUGGAUCUGGAGGUGGUGCCUGAGAGAUCACUAGGAAAUGAGCAAUGGGAAUUUGCCUUAGGGAUGCCAUUGGCCCAGGCCAUCUCUAUUUUACAGAAACACUGCCGCAUCAUCAAAAAUGUUCAGGUGCUGUACAGUGAACAGAUGCCACUCAGCCAUGACCUCAUACUGAACUUGACUCAGGAUGGGAUUAAACUGCUGUUCGAUGCCACAAAUCAGAGACUCAAGGUGAUCGAAGUGUAUGAUCUGAGCAAAGUCAAGUUGAAAUACUGUGGAGUCCAUUUCAACUCUCAGGCCAUUGCCCCCACAAUAGAGCAAAUAGACCAGUCGUUUGGAGCUACACACCCUGGAGUUUACAAUGCUGUGGAGCAGUUGUUCCAUCUCAACUUUCGAGGCCUGUCUUUCUCUUUCCAACUGGACUCAUGGAAUGAAGCUCCAAAGUAUGAGCCUAACUAUGCCCUGGGUUUGGCCUCCCUGCAGAUUCCACAUGGGGCCAUGGUCAAGAGGAUGCACAUCUACACUGGUAACAACCUGCAGGAAACAAGAGCUCCGGCGAUGCCAUUAGCUUGUUUCCUUGGCAACAUCUAUGCAGAGUGCGUGGAUGUCCUGAGAGAUCAGACAGGGCCUCUGGGGCUCAGACUCCGACUCCUCACUGCAGCGUGUGGCCCUGGUGUGAUGGCUGACACUAAGGUGAAGUCUCUAGAGAGGAGCAUCUACUUUGGAGAUUCUUGUCAGGACGUACUGGGUGCUCUGGGCUCUCCACAUAAAGUCUUCUACAAGUCUGAGGACAAGAUGAAGAUCCACUCUCCAUCGCCUCACAAGCAGGUUCCUUCAAAAUGUAAUGACUACUUCUUCAACUAUUUCACUCUUGGAGUGGAUAUCCUUUUUGACUCGACAACUCACCUUGCUAAGAAAUUUGUCCUCCACACCAACUACCCUGGACAUUACAACUUCAACAUAUAUCAUAGAUGUGACUUUAAGAUUCCUUUCGUCAUUAAGAAAGAUGGAGCUGAUUCUCAGACCGAGGACUGUGUGUUAACCACCUACAGCAAGUGGGAUCAGAUUCAAGAACUGCUGGGUCACCCUAUGGAGAAGCCUGUAGUCCUCCACAGGUCCUCAUCAGCCAACAACACCAACCCCUUCGGCUCCACCUUCUGCUUCGGACUACAGAGGAUGAUAUUCGAGGUAAUGCAGAAUAACCACAUAGCAGCAGUGACCCUCUAUGGGGCUUCACGGACCACCAGUCACGCCCGGCCUGAGUCCAGUAGUAGCUCCCACUGAGCAAGUAACCAGAACCGCAUCCCAUUCUGGCUUCUCCUGAAUCUAGACCUCGACUUACUGAACUUCUAACCCAGAGCCAGAUUCUUAAACAAGCAGACCUAACCCAGAACAGCAAAGUUAUUCAUGCCCAACUUAGAUUUUACACGUUGAAAAGAAUCGCAGCAAGAACCCUAGAUAACCCAGAAACAAAUCAGACCUGGCAUUAAUAAAAGAUGUACUCUUCCAUACAGACACAACAACCUAGACUGUCCCAGGACUCUGACCGGGAUUUAGUGACAUGGCCAUACUGAGCUCUGGAAUGAAACCAGCCAAGCUGCUUCUUGCUCGUGUGGGAAUAUCACAGCAUUGAAGAAGUCUGCGUUCUGGCAGAGCUCAACAUUUUCCUGUUGAUGUCCAUAUGACUGCAUUUGCCCAGGCUCGAAGUAGAAGAGUCUGUCCACACUGUAUUAUGGAUGCCAUGGUUCCACCUGUAAGAUAUAACGGCAUCCUGUAAGUGACAGACAACAGCCUGUGUUACACUGAGACGAUUAGCAUUUAAAUGUCAUCUGCAGCAAAUCUCCGGUGUUUCAAAGGUAGAGUUCAGUAGUUGAAAUUACAAACUGGCUUGAUCUGCUGGAAGCACAUCAACCA